AUGAGUCUGUCUCCAAGGAGCUUUUCCGAAGAGACAUCAUCACAGGAGACUGUCCGUAUAGUCGAAGCACCAGAGGAGCCUCAGAGGCAAGAGGCUUUACCUACAACCUCUAAAGGAAAGGAAAAGGCAGUUGAGGGAUCAUCUCACCAGACACGGGCUGCCCCAAAACGGCCGCAAGCCACCCUCGAGUCGAACUCUGAGGAGGAAGGAGGAGCAAGGGAAAAGAGUCACAAGAACCCGACAGACGCCAAAAUGACCUCGUCGUCAGCUUCGUCAAAGAGCAGGAGCUCGAGCUCUAAGCACCACUCGUCUUCGAAAUCAAAACCCAAGCACACAAAAUCAGACGACUGGUCCGAUGUCACGGAGCCCGAGGAGCGGCGGCGCAUCCAAAACCGCUUGGCCCAGCGGAAAUUCCGCGAAAAAGCAAAAGAACAAAAAGAAAAGUCAGAGCGCGACUCCCGCAACCAGGAACUCGCCGGCAGCAGCUACGCGGUCCCAUCCUCGGACGAGCUGGCCGAGGAAGGCGAGGAAUGCGACGGCCUGCCCUGGGGCUCGUUCAGCAUGCGACACGUGCUCUCGCGCGGCCACGGGCACAGCUCGGGCGGCUCCCACAACAGCCAAAGACGGAGCGGUGGCGAUGAGGCGGCGGCGGCAGCAGCUGCUGCUGCCGCAGGGACAGGAGGCGGCGACGAAGGCGGCGAUUACUACUACGACUACCCUCCCACUCAAGACGAGGUGGGAGAUGAUUUCUAUAGACAGUACUCGAGCGGUGGCUACAGCAACGAUGCGUAUCCCACCGUGACAACGUCGAGUUACAGCUAUCAGAGCUUUACCAGCUAUGAUGAUGGUAGUGCUACAGGCGGCGGCGAUUUGUUUUAUGACGACUUGUAG